AUGAUAACAGAAAUAUAUAAGGCUUUAACUUUUUGUGUGGUAACUAGUGGAUUAGUUUUUAAUUUUUCACUAAUUUGGUUAAUUCUCCGAUAUACAAUGAAUGAAAUGAGAGUUUAUAAUCGAAUACUUUUACAAACUUGUAUUGUUGAUAUUAUUGGGAUUUUUGUAUUUGCUGCCGUUCAGCCGGUUUUUGUUUCUGAUAAUGGUGUUGGAACAGUAUGGGAAUAUGGACCAACACAUUAUUUGCCAACUCCCUGGCAAAGUAUUUGUUUUAUGUUUUUUGGAUUUAUCAGCAGAUUUACGACAAUGAAUGUUUGUUCUCAAUUUGUUUUUCGUUAUCUGGCUGUUGUACGUGAAAUAAAAAUUAAAUGGAAACAUCACACAAUUAUACUCAUUAUCUCUGCUCUCCCUUUUAUGGUUAUGUUUGUUGUAUCGAAUAUAAUAAACCAACCAACACCAGAAAAUGAACAUUUAACAAAUUAUGAAUUAGCCAAAAUGUUAGAACUUGAUAAUUAUACAGUAAAUAAUUAUGUUGUUGGAAUGCGUAAUUCGGGUUAUAAAAUUUCAUCCUUUUUAACAAUUUAUGCAAAUAUUCUAACAUUUUUAACAUACUCAAUAAUUAUUUUUUGUGGAAUAAGAAUUCAAUUGUAUGUUCGUCGAAAAUAUAAUGGACCUAAUUUAGAAACUACGCGAAAGGUUAAUAGACAGAUAACUAUUGUUUUAUGUACUCAGGCCCUUCUACCUUUAAUAACAUCUUUCACUCAAAUAUUAGUAAAUAUUGGACCUUAUUUCAACAUAACUGUAAGCUCAAAAGUUAUUAUGAUGUUUGGACCUCCAAUUAAUGGUUUAAUUACUGUUUUAAAUCCUUUGGUAACUUUAUUAACUGUUAAAAAUUAUAGAAGACUGAUUUUUAAAUGUAAUAGUACAAAUAUGUCAACUACUAUUAAUAAUCAAAUAGCACAUACGGCAUUUUCAAAUAAAAAUAAUGUUAUUGUACCUCAAUAA